AUGAGUGCCCCAACAGAAUGUGUCGAGCUUGGAAUCGUUGGCAUGAACGGUGGUGACGAUGAAUCCGCCGACGUCACAUUUGAGUACAAUCGCAGACUAAUCACUUUGUCCCUCUUUGCAAGCCCUAACGAAACCCAAGAGAACCUGGAGGAUCGAAUAAUCCGUCUUGUGAAUGAGGCCAUCUUUGCUGACGACGAAGAAUACAAUGCCAUCACUGAUCAAAUCUGCGAUAUUAUUCUGGACCUCGGACGAAUCCCUUUCUCGCAGAUUGCGCCCUUGAACACCACCUUGCCCAACAAGGAUCUUCAUUCGCUUCUCUACCCCGAAACUCUCAAUUACCGUCUCCAAACCGUCGAUGGAAAAGCCACCAUAUUUCCUAUCGAUCCAGAGGAGUCGGUUUCCGUCCCCAAUACUGGGCCGAACCCUGCGGUUGUGACUGAAUUCCAGGCCAUCAAAACGAUGCCCCGAUACUCGUCUAGGGACGUACAUGUCCAGGAAGUUCUUGUCAGCGGUUAUGGCACCGUAUGCAAAGCUCGUGUUGGGUCCCAGACCAUGCUCUGUAAGGCUCACAGCCAAGGGCUCGAAAACCCAAGCCUUGAAAGAGAGCUGGUCGCCAUGCAGAAAAUAUGGGAUGCUUGCAGCGGCCCUGCUGUGAAUAUCCGCGUCCCUCACCUUCAAGGAUAUGUCACAUUUGCGGAUUCGGGAGAUAUCAUCGGUCUAUUACGCGAUUGGGUUCUACCCAGCUCCUACGGCAGCACUCUACGAGAUAUGGAUAUUUCAGCUGUACCAAAGGAGCUGAAGAAGAAGUGGCUAGAUCAGAUAUGCGAGACGGUAGAUAAGUUACAUGAGCUUGGUGUAGUUUGGGGCGACGGCAAGGUCUCUAAUGUGGUCGUUGAUCAAGAGAACAACAUCUGGCUUAUCGACUUUGCCGGUGGGUGGACUGAAGGAUGGGUAGACGAGGAGCUUGCUGAUAGCGUGGAUGGCGAUAACCAGGCUGUAAGAAACAUCACAAGAUUCUUGGGUGUGGAGAAAUAA